AUGUCAAACUAUCAAAGCCAUAUCCUACCUACUCUUCAGGACCUAUCAUCUUCCACUUCCGAAUCCAUCAGAGUUGCCUACGUUACGGCAGAAUCAGUCGGUAAAAGUACUAGACUUGUUCCUGAUCUUUGGAAUCACGUCAAGGCUACUCGAGCCGAUGCGCAAGGCCUAUACAUCUUAUUCGACCAAGAGGAAAUCAAAGUAACAAGCUAUAAUAUCAGAUACCGCGAAGAUACUGAUAUCACCAACGGGAUUCCCAGCAUUGAAAAUGCGAGAAAACUAGGUCUCAUCUCGUACGAGAGUUUCAAUACGCUCAUGGAGGAUACGGCUGAUCCGUCAACCUUGCUACGCCACCAGGACAUGAUACUAUUUAUCGACGUCGAGCAUAUCCCGACAGUGGACGGAGAAUUGAGUAUAGGUAUUGUCGUAGAUUGGAUUCGCGGCCUAAAGAAACUACAAGAAGUUAACCUUACCGUCGUCCUCCUCGGCGGUAAAAUUAGAGAGGACAUCGGAAAUAUAUUACAUUUCUACGAUAUUCAUCCUUUCCAUCUCGUAUGGGAGGAAGAAAGGAAAUACAAGCAGGAGACCCUCGAGGAUACAGACAAAGUCAUAGAGGUUAUUCGCUUAUCUCUAUUCGAAUCUCCGCAGUGUGGUUUAGCACCUUACGUGGUCAUCUGCACCCCAAUCGCGGAAGCCUACGAUAUAUUCAUCAAACCUAUCAAUAAUAUCACAGGCCGUAAUAUACGUUGCCUAUCCAUCGGGAGAGAUAGCAAUAUGGAGAAUAUCACAAGAUCCAUCAUCCAGAGCGAGCCUACAGUCAUCUUUCUCGAAGAAAAUCUAAGCAGCUACGUAUCAAUACCUAACUUGAGAUGCGUCAUCUCCAUCGACCAUAAGCGGACGAGGAUAUUCGACCCUUCUACCAGCCAAUUUCCUAUUGCAGCUAUCCCUAUAUCAGAAGGCGAUAUCUUUCGCCAGAAAGCCUGGGUCGGUAAAGGUGAUAGGGCGGAUAGCGAGCGUCCUACAUUUUACACCUCAUGGGAUGACGAAUGGUUACAAAACAACAAGUCAAAAGACGAUACGCAUAUCGAAAGCGAUUCCGCACAUCUUCUCCUCGCGGUCAGCAAAAUAUUCAAAUGUCUCGCAUAUCCCGAGGUACCGGUACCAGCGCUGAAUGGAAGCUUAUCUGUUCUAAGGGAGGUUCGUCGUCGGCUUGUCAUAUUGGGAUGCUUAGCUGACGACGCUCCUACAUCUCAGAUCACUCCUCUGGGUAUUAGAACACUUUAUUAUAUUAAGCACAAGACAUUUAAUGGCUUAGGAAACUUCCACGUCGCUUACCUUCUCGCCCGGAUCGAGAACGACACUACGCUUUCGAUCCCCUCAAAAAGAGUACUUAUUCGGAUGGUAGCGUUAUCAAUCUAUAGAAAUGAUAACAAUUUGUACACUUUCACAGAAGAGGCUGCGCAGAGUCUCAAGGAGGAUGAUGGGUUGGCCUUUGAUGUCAUAACAGAAGACUGCGCCGGAAUCGGGAAGCAGAACUCACACUACGGUCAGCUAUGGUGCGAACUUGGUAUCUUGGAUAAGAUGAACGUUGAGAACUCCGUCGGACACGCACUAUUUGGUGGUAAAACCAUUAUCGAGAGAGGAAAAGGGUCUAUGCGAGUUAAAGCAGCAGUUUUACUAAAGGUUCAAAUCUAUAUUCGCGGAUUAGAAACAUUAUUCGGCAUAGAGCCUUCUAAAAACCUCAUCGAGGAGACGAUGCUUAACCAGGAUGAAAUACGUGACGUAUUUCACAUACUCGCGCUGACGUAUUUGUUCCAAAUGGUUUUCUUCAAAAAGUGGUUCUCCACAUCCUUCACUACAGCAUCGCCUUAUGAUAUGAUCUCAUUGCAGCCUGUCCGCUUAGAACUGGAACCGACGCUCGGCGAGCUCACUCCGCAUAUGGCGACAGGAGACCAAGAGAAUGGUGGAGUCUUCGCCAUCUACCAGGAGAGCUUCAUAUACAAUGAGAAGUUCUCACCGGUGUACCUCACAAUCCUUCCGGUAGGGACCUUACAAAGGAUAGUCGACAGCUUUGGGGCGCCAAACCUUUGGGCUCUCGUCUCAACACAGUAUCCCGUACCUACCGCGUAG